GUCCCCGCCUGACAUUCGUCCUGGCGACACCUGGACCAGCUGAACGUUUGCCACACAAUAAACAAGCGAGCAGCAACUUGGCGACUCGAGCGUAGAUUAGAAAGCGCAGCUGGUGGCCUGCAUCAUGUGCCGAGUGCUCCUCACGCUCGCCUACUUCCUCCUGACCAUCUCGUCCAUUGUGUUCACGGCCUGCGUCAACAAUGUUACGGGCACCAGUUCGCCCGGCUCUGGGCCCAGCACCUCCCUGACCGGACACAUCCACCGCACUGCAGCGGCCAUCGAGCGGGUGAACAAACUCUGGUGCUACGCCUGCCACACGAUGGACGACGGCGAGUCCUGCGUGGACGUGGCGGUGCGCAAUGAUUCCUCGCUGUUUAAGAAGUGCCAAGGCGAGGAGUUCAUUUGCAUGCACGGAGAACUCCACGAGCUCCCCGAAGAUGUGGUCCCUGGAUCGUCGAUGUGUCGCCAACUGCGAGCCCGGCUGCAUCAUCAUUGGGGAGCGAACCAAGCUCUACGCCUGCACCUCCUGCUGCGAGGAGUCCUUCUGCAAUACGGGCCGCGGGGCCGCUUCGGGCAUCUUCCAUCGCGAGGACACGGGCAUUGGCACGCGAAUGUUCUGGCUUGCCGCUCCAUUCCUGGUCAACAUAUCGCUGGUCCUGUACAAGCGGCACGCCGGCCAUGUCCUCAUCAAGCUGCACUAAUCCUCGGGGACAAACUCAAUGAAUUUACUCAACGAACCAGCCCAAUGUUGCUCAAAUCUACAACUCACUAUCUGUAAUUAGCUAGCCAAGUAGAUUUCGGAUCCUAUGUUUUAUGAAUGAAUGUAGAUAUUCGUCCGCCCCCUCCCAUACUCU